AUGAAAAGCAAGACUCCGACGCAUAUUGUCCGAGGAUCCAACCCCGCUAAGAAAAAUAUUCCUUUCGUUCGUCAAUCGCCGGGCAAGCAUCACCAACUUCGUUCGCAAGUGGAACCCAACGACGUCAUCUCCAGGGACGAGCAAGUAACAAACCUCAACAUCUUGGCCGACGUGGACAACCAGCGAAACAUGGCCGGAAAUCACUCCAAAUGCCUGCUGCCUGCUAGGUACGGUCCAGGUCGCAAUUUGCCAAAUCAGCCCUACGUCAGGCUCAGCCCUACCAUUCUGUACCCGUCUCUCCCGAAAUCCUCGAAGUACCCCAACUCUAAACAUCCGCGAUACUUCACCAUUGCCUCUGCUAGCGAUUCUUUCUCUUCGCAUUCUAAUUCCAUGGCCUCGCGCGAGCAAAGAAUUGAAGCCCAGGCUGAGACUGACACUGCCGUCCAACAAUCCGAGCAUGAUGUUUCUGCAGGCAUGAAACAUCAGGCUAGCUCCAUAACUGCUGGAAGUCAAAUUUCACAGUUUGGAAACUCAGCGAGUAUUGUCAUUUCCGAAAAUAUUUCCACUAUGAAGGAGGUUAUGAUGGAUGAUGCCCUCCCUCGCGCACAAGAGGCCUUGCAAACCGUGGGUGAGCAGAUUCAGGCUCUCACGAACGGAAAGAAGGGCAAUGAGGAGACAUCAGAAGAGCUUACCUUGACAUCCGAGGAGCAGGAACGCAUCGACACCAUGGACAACGAGCGGGUCUGUGACUUCCUACGAGAGACACACAUGAGUACUACGCGACCGCGAAAGACAAACUAG